AUACUCUAGAUCUAUACCUACAGCUGAAGGCCGACGGCGAAUCAGUGCUGGUGAAGUGAGAGGGGCAACGCGGGCAAGGGCGAUCACUCUCAUUGGGAAUUGGGAACAUCGGCAAACCUACUGCAGGGCUUCUCACUCACUGUUUAUACUCUCAGUCACAAGCCUGCUCUCGCAAGUGCUAAGUUCAUCUCGUCCCAAGAAGAUUUCUCCGUCAGACUGCAAGCACUAUUGCGUUUAAAAGGAGAGGUUGACACAACGAAGCAGCAGACAUUCCAAUGGAUUCCCAAAACAACUGUCAGCCGACUAAUCAGUCAAAAAUGGAUGGAAAAUGGUACCGAGAGUUAAACUUGAACUGGGAGGGAUACUGUCAGAGUUUCCAGGUGGAGGAAGUUUUGCACAAUGAAAAAUCACAGUACCAGGAUGUUUUAGUGUUUAAAAGUAAGUCAUUUGGGAAUGUUUUAGUUCUUGAUGGAGUUGUACAGUGUACAGAGAGAGAUGAAUUCACAUACCAAGAAAUGAUCACCCACAUCCCCAUGAAUCUACAUCCAAACCCCCAGAAGGUGCUGGUAGUUGGAGGGGGAGACGGAGGUGUGGUGAGAGAAGUACUCAAGUAUGAGAGUCUGAAGGAGGUGGUGUUGUGUGAAAUUGAUGAGGAAGUUAUUAACGUGAGUAAAAAAUAUCUGCCUGAUAUGGCCGACUGCCUGACCAACCCUAAAGUAAACAUCCAGGUGCGAGAUGGUGUCCAGUUCAUCCGAGAACACCCGGGCCACUUUGACGUUAUUAUCACAGACGCACCAGAUCCCGAAGGUGUUGCAGCAGCUCUGUUUGAAAAGAAUUACUACCAAGAUCUCAAAAAUGGACUGAAGCCCAAUGGAGUUGCUUGCUGCCAAGGUGAAACUCCCUUCCUGGACCUUGAUCUGAUCCAGAAAGUUUUGUCCCAGUGUAAGGAAGUGUUUCCAAAUGUUGGAUAUGCCGUGGGGCACACUCCGACCUACAUAAGUGGCAUGAUGGGGUACAUCGUCGCUAGUCCUGAUCCAGAUCUGGAUUUGACCAAACCACUCCGGACACUGAGUGAAAAGGAUAUUGAGAUUAUGAAACUGAAGUACUACAGCUCUCAGAUCCAUCGAGCAGCUUUUGUCCUUCCAAAUUACAUUCAAAAGGCUGUCAAGGGAGUGAUUGAUACAUAGACAACGCUUCAAGCUGUUUCGUUACAAAUGUUUUUGUAUGUUCUUAAAAUCCAUUUCCCGAGCUCGGUCAGACACCCAUGGCCUAAAUGAGCUUCCUUGUGAGUCCCAGAUUUGUCCUCGGCAGCAUGUUGCUGUACUUUGCCUUGAGUGCUCUUCUUUUUUUUACACCGAGAGCUACUUGAUGAGCCACUGGUUUGUAGGUGUAGGCUUUGUUUUUGCUUUCUUGAAUGUACAACAUUUCAGUUUUGAGACCUUGGGUACUACAGUAGUCUCUGCCCAAUAUCCCAUUGCUUAUGAUCCUGGUUCAAUUAAAAACCCCUCUUUUUUUAAGAAAACAGAAUUUUUACCAUGCAAAAGCCUUCCCUUGAGAUCUGGCUGUCAAGGGCUAUAUUCAGCUAAAAUCCUACAUUUCAGAUGAUAAUUUACUGAACAAAAACUUGGGCAUGGGCAGCUGAUCUACCGAGCUAUAAAAAAAUUACAGUCAUUGUUCUGCCAGUCACCCCACAGACCACAUCGCCAUUACAAGUCUCAAUGAGUGGGUACAAUUUUUGCCUCAGAUGGCAUCACAAGGUGUGAACUUGUAUGUGUUUGUUUUUCUGAGCCAUUGCACUCUCAUUUAAGCUUACUGCCUGAACUUGAAUCCCAUGCUUGGUGGCUGGGGCUUACAAGACCUCAUCAGAUGGGAUCACAUUGAACUGGGAACUUGUCGGUGCUUUUGUCUUUCAGCUCUGCAACCAAACUUAAUAGACGGACUGGUGCCGUUAUCCAAUCACCUUGCUAAAUAUGUUCUUCAGUUGAUGGUUACCCAGCCUUGCACGCUUCAAAUUUUAAUUAGUGAAGUCACAACACAGCAGUACAUUAUGACAUGAACGGGGGAGGAACGAUGGGAGUGACCUUGAUCUUGAAACUCAUGACUGGAUAAGUGAAAAUGCCAUGCCUUACCAGAACACACCAUUGUCACUAGUCAUCAAGGUUAACCACUCUUUGCUCCCUGAAGCUGUAAGCCCACUUAGUGGUCACUUCAGUUCUUUUAAAGUAGGGAGAGAUCAUUUUCCUGAUUGUGAGUCACUGUAGGCUCUUUCCCCUCGAUGAUUGGGUUAAGAUCCCAUUCACCUAAGAUCCUGCCUUUUCCUUGCUCUCAAGUACUGGGGGUACAUAUAACAAGGAAAGUGUUGUAUUGGAACCCACAGGGUAAAAGAUCAAGGGGAAGACCACGUGGAACCUGGAGAAGAGUCACUGAAACUGAUGUACAGAAAAGUGUAAGACAUGGAAUAGCAUCAAGGGGUUAAGCCCAGUAUAGGAAAAGGUGGAAAGGGUUUGUUCAUGGCCUCUAUCCUGGUCCAGGGUGAGAAAGGCAAUGAUGAUGAUGAAGUACUGGGGUCAUAGGUGGAGACUACUGUACCACUACAAGAAGGGGUUUGUUUGUGCGAAAUGUUCCAAUUUGAAAAGUCUGUUGUUUUGUUUGCUUUUCCUGUGGUGGUUUCCAGUUUUUGGUAUCCUUUGAUAUGAUGUUCCAAUUGUUAAUGCUAUUGACAGAGAGGUUGUUGGUUAUUGAAGUCCAUGGAAUCAAAUUGUAUAAUAUAAUGCUUUUGAUACUUGAGGUUUUAUGAGGCAUUAUUCUGUUUUACUUAUUAUAUUCAGUUACUUACUUCUAUGAUAUGAUUGAUGGUUUUUUUUAAUCAUGUGUGUGUGUGUGUGAGAUCAAGAGACUGUCUGCCUAAUCUUGAGUAUAACUCACUUCAAUUUGGAAAUAUUAACCCUCCAAGUGUCGUUAGCAAAUUGCCUGUGGUGUUGUGGAAAAUUAUAUGAUUCCACCAUAUGAAACCAGAAAGUGCUUGAGAACAGGCGAAUUCAGCUAGUAAUGGCCAUAAAUCUGUACAUUUUCUGGAAGUAGUAUGUAAAUAGGAAGUAGAGCUCAUUUGUGAAGAAGUUGAAAUAUUUUGCAAUGCAAAAAAAAA